UGUUGUAGAGAUUGUAUCCAUCUCUGUUAACGAUCUCCACGAUACGAAGGUAUCUACAAGUGUCUCUAGUGCUUUGCAGCCUCAUUCUACAGGCUAGUGUUGAUAAUUAGCUAUUUAUCUGUGAUGGACAAAGACCUCAAGUCGGUGUUUUACAGAGAGCCCCGUAAGCCACUACGGUUGAUAACCAGCUUCCAGCCAUCUACACCAGCAUUUGAGAAACACCUGGGGCGUACGUUCAAGGUAACAGUGGACAGACCUCCUCAUUUGGCCAGGAAAUCGGGAGGGUUCCGUAGCCGUCCUCCAAGUGGCAUUGGAACACAGUCAACAUUGAACCAUGAGCCGGUCAAGUUGGACUCUUUCCUCACUGGGGAGCAUGAUGUUGUACAGCAGGGCCAGUUUGCUGUUACAAUUCCAAUCCACAAGCUCAAAACCAUUGAAAAGUCUGUGAAUGACUAUUUAAACUCCUAUACGUUGGAUGAUUUGAAUUCUAUGUUUGACACGUUUGCAUAUAUGGCCUUGGUGUGCUUCUCCUGCUUUGCGCAAGAACUUCUCCAGCUGAACAGGGAUGCAUUCUUCAUGGUUGUUCCCAUGAUCUUUGUUUGUUCUUUAAGGUUGGCUUUGAAACCUAAGAAGUCAAACCUCACGGCAACUUACAUCGAUGAGGUGUUGAAAGAACACGGUGUGCCUCUGGGAACCAGGCGGGCCCUUAAUCAUGGAUUGGCGUUCUAUACGCUUGUCAUGUUGGUACCUGUUAUCAAAAUAACAUCUUCACUCAAGCUUCAGGCUGAUUAUGGGUCUAAACUUGACAUUUCCAGUCUACUAUUCUUGGGUGGAGUUUUGAUUAGCUUGUCCAUUAGCUUGGUUCAGAAAGCUCUCUUGAGCUUCACAAUAUGUGAUAUAGCUCUGGUCGGUUGUGUUUCGCCUCAUUUGAGUGCCUAUGAUAUUAGAAGCAGUGAAUAUGAGGAUUAACACCUCUGGAAGACUCUACUGGGCUGUGUUGGAACAUAAUUACAAAAGGAGUUCUUUGAGUGUGAGGCCCUAAGUUCGUUUUACAAUUGCAUAUCUAGCUUCUUAGUCUAUGUAACUCAAGCAAACCGA